UAUAUUCCACAAAUAAAAAUAUGCUUUUAAAAUUAUUUAUAAUAAAACAUUAAUUUUUACAAAUGGCAUUCAAAAUAGUUUUCAAUAGAAAAAUCCAUAAAUUGCCUCUUCAUAUAACUACUAUAUAGGCAAUAAAAUCUGCAAUCGAAAAACUCUAUCCUCAAAUUGAUCCUAAUUAUCAUCUCGUUUUUUUCCAUAACUAAGAACCUCUUGAAGUAAGAAUUAAAAUAAUCUUUUAAGUUAAUACAUGAAGAUGCAUUACUAAUACUUUUAAAGAUUUUGUAAUUGUCUUCUUAUAAAUUAUUUGUAUUUGAAAACAACAUUGGAUAAUUAACAGAGGAAGGUAUUUUUAGCAUUUAAAUAAUUAGAUCUCAAAUUUAUGGAAUAAUCUAGUAUAUAUUCUGCUAGUAUAAUUUAGAUUGAUUAAAAUCUAAAAUAAUAAUAAACCAGACCAGAUCAUUAAUAAUAACAGCAACUUUAUAAAAUAAAUAAAUAAAAACCAAAUAAUGAAAUUGAGCAGUAAUCAAUUUAAAAAUAGAUGACUUAACUAUAACAAUAAUAGCCUUAAUGGUAAUACCAAGAAAAACCCUAAUAAUAAUAUUAAUAAUAUUAGAAACUUUCAGAAUAAAAUAAUAAUUAUCAAGGUUUAAUAAAAGGAUAUUAGUAAAUUUAACCUUAAGUUCCUUUGAGUUCAUAGUUUUAAUAUCCAUAAUUUGUAUAAGAAAUAAAUCAAGAGGCUUUUUAGAUUGAAGUGAUUUAAAAUUAAUAGGUUUAAAGUUAUCCAGAUAGAGAAUUUAUAUGGAGAUUAGUAUUAAAGAAUUCAGGAACAAGAAUUUGGCCUUAAACUUUAAAAAUAAGAUGUAUUGAUAAUCCUUUCAAAACUUAAUAAUUACUCUUGCCUGAAGCUAUACCUGGAUAGACUGUUGAAGUUUCGAUAUAAUUAAAGGCUCCUUUAAAAAUAGAUUCAUUAUUUAUAAAUUGGGGCAUUUAUUACUUGGAAAAUACUUUGGAGUUAGCAUUAAAAUAAACAAUUUGUCUUUUUUUAGAAGUCAUAAAAGAAUGUAUAAAUAAUAAAUUUAUAAUUAAGAGCCUGAAUAAAGAUUUAUAGGAACGUUGUUAUUAGUUAAAGCAGAAUAAGUAAAGGCUAUAAUGACCGAUUUGAGUAUAAAUUACAUAUGCAAGUUCAUAGAACAACAUAGAAUUUUACAAUGGAGAGUAGAUGAGAUUAUCAAUAAGAUCUAUGAUGAAUAAUCUUAAAAAUGAUAUUUUU